AUGCUACGAGAAGCCAUUGGCGCAGAUGAUCCUGACAAAGUCGCACAGGCAAUUGCUCGAAGUGCCGAUCUACAUCACACAGAUGCAGACGGCAUGCAGCCCGUACACACAGCUGCGAAAGAAGGUUAUCUAGAGGCACUAAAGACAUUGCUCAGUCUCGGCGCAGACGUAGAAACAGAAGCCGUGAACGACAAAAGCAGUCGCCCAUUGCAUCUUGCGUGUGAGCACAAGAGGCCGCGGACCGCGAAGCAUCUGAUCGAGGUCGCCAAAGCUGACAUACAUGCACCGGACACAACAGGCAAUAAACCUCUCAAUAGGGCGGCCAUAAAAGGCGACCUCCAGAUCAUCAAGCUUCUGCUAGCAGCCGGGGCGGACAUUGAGUGGGUUGGUGUCUGGGGCUGGCAUCCUCUACAUCAUGCGGCCGGCAAUCUUCAGAUUCUAGCUACACAGCUGUUGCUGCAACGAGGAGCAGAUCUUGAAGCAGAAAACACGAACGGAGAGACAGCACUGCAUAUCGCGGCUGAAUACGGAGCUGCUGCAAUCAUCGAAUUACUGAUCUCCAAGGGGGCACAACUUGACGCAAUCAACCAUACGGGCGAUCAGCCAUUGAUCAAAGCAGUGUCAAAGGGGAAGACUGUUGCGACAGACAUUCUCUUGAAGAGAGGUGCCGACAUCGAAGCUUUCGAAAGCAAAGGCGGAACUGCAUCACUUGUUGCGGCUGAGAAGGGCACCCUGCCAGUCGCCGAGAUCUUGCUGGCUCGAGGAGCUCGUCUCACAGCGAUUGACAAGGAGAGCAACCAGCCUUUGCACUUGGCAGUAACAUAUGGACACUUACAACUCGUGAAGCUCAUGGUAGAGCACAACGCCGACAUUGAAGCCAGAGGUGCGAGCGUCGGGCUUAAUUACGGUGCCGACCAAGGCGAUCAGCCGUUACAUGUCGGCACCCGAUGGAAUCAGGACGCCAUGGUCAAAGAACUGCCAACAGCAGGCGCAGACAUCGAAGCUCGGGGAGAACACAACCAAACCGCACUACACAUAGCAGCAGAGGUCUCCAACGAGAGCGUAGUGAGAGUACUCCUCGACCACAACGCAGACUACGACGCCUGGAUGGGUAACGAUACGCCCCUACAUCGUGCAGCAAUCGUCAACAAAGUCGAUAACGGGCGAGCUCUGAUCAAGGCAGGCGUUCCUUGGGACCAGGAGAGUAAGCUAGGAGAUCAGGCCAUCCACCUCGCAGCUUUAAAAGCCCACAGCGCUUUCAUCGGCAUGCUACUCGACCAUGGAGCUGACAUCUACGUGUACAACCGCGGAAGGGGCUCGUUCCCGUUACUCACAGCAGCAGCCUAUGGCCAAACGGAAUGUGUGAAAUACAUCUUGACCAAAUCUCCAAUCCUAGAACAGCGGACACUCAACGGCGACAAUCCGCUGAUCCUGGCAUGCUGGAAUCAGCAUAUUGAUAAUGUGAAACUGCUGCUCAAAGCUGGCGCGGAGAUUAAUACGACGUCUGAAGCUGGGAUAUCACCUUUGCAUUGCGCGGUAUCGAAGAAUAACCUGGAGAUUACGAGAGUUCUGGUCGAGAGUGGUGUCGAUUUGACGCUGAAUACGUAUCAAUGGAGACCGCUGGAGACUGCGGAGAAUUUGAAGUUUGAGGAGAUGGCUAAGAUUUUACGGAAUGCUGCGAAGUGA